AUGCCGUUGCGUGAGCUUCUCCUGCGUGUCUCAGACGCGGGAGAGCCGCUAGUGAGCUGCUCGUACGGGCAGGGCGUUUUAACGCUGCCCAGCUUGCCUCUUUCAGAGGCUUACGACGGGUCCCAGCCCUUGUUCACCAUCAAGCUGGUUAUAGCUGGUGGCUCGCCCCUGGCGCGCGACGGGUUGGUGUGGACGAAUUGCCCUACCAGCAGUAAGGCCGAAUUUGUGCGCGACCAGUUCACCAGAAACAAAAUCAACGCUACGUUCCACCAGGAUUCCCACGUCAAGAUCGAGGUGUUCACUCCCGGUGCGUUCUGUUUCUACUUCUCGUUCAAAAACGAACGCGACGAACUGGAAACCACCCGGCGCUUUUACUUCGUCUCGCUCCCUAGCCUCUAUGUCUCCGGCAAGCAUGUGCCGUUGAACUCUAUUGCCAUGCAGAGCGUAGUCUCCAAAUGGAUGGGGUCCAAUUGGGACCCUGUUUUCGAGGAAGUGGCCUCUAAAGGAUACAAUAUGAUACAUUUUACUCCGUUGCAAACAAGAGGGGAGUCGAACUCGCCCUACUCCAUCUACGAUCAGCUUGAGUUUGACCCAACCUAUUUUCCAAACAAUUUCCAAGACGUGCAAAAAAUGGUCGAAAAGCUGCACAAAAACUACGGUAUUCUCACACUGACCGACGUGGUUUUCAAUCACACCGCAAACAAUUCGCCCUGGCUCGCAGAGCAUCCAGACUCUGGAUACAACCAAAAGACAGCGCCUCACUUGACCAGUGCAAUUGAAUUGGAUGCCGCCCUUCUCCAGUUCAGCAAUGAACUUUCCAAGCUUGGACUACCUGUCGAAUUGCAUACCACCAAAGAUCUUUUUGCAAUCAUGGAUGGCAUCAAAGCGCAUGUGCUAACGUCUUUGAAACUUUGGGAGUUCUAUGUGGUGGACUCCGAUACCACACUAGAAGAUAUCGAUUCUUUCUGGGACCAGAUAUCGCAUGAGACCAUGGAGAUCCCCGACAAAGUGAAAAAUGAUAUGGUCGAAUUGUCAGCAUUCAUUCGCAAUAAUGCUGCUUCAGACAAUUUUGGUCAGUUGGGAGAACGGUUUUCUAAUAAACUAGACAGCAUUAAACUCGUUGCCAUCUUAAAGUCUCUUUACGGGCAAGACUUAAAUGAUGGGGUCAUUGAAGAGGCUCGCAAGAUCAUUGACGAAUUGAACUUGCCUCUAUAUCGAGAAUAUGACGAUGACGUAGGGGAUAUAUUGGAGCAACUGUUCAAUCGUAUCAAGUACAUGCGGCUUGACGAUCACGGCUUGAAGUUGGGCCUCAUCACGCCAGAAUCCCCUCUGAUUGAACCUUAUUUUACUCGCUUGACCGGAAGUGACGGCGAACAGUAUGCUCUAGCUAAUAAUGGGUGGAUCUGGAAUGGUGAUCCAUUAGUCGACUUUGCAUCCAACAAGUCCAAGGCCUAUUUAAGGCGUGAAGUAAUAGUUUGGGGUGACUGUGUCAAAUUGCGAUACGGGUCCAAACCUGAAGACUCGCCUUACCUCUGGGAAAGAAUGUCGAAAUAUGUGGAAGCAAGCGCUAAAUUGUUUGAUGGAUUUAGAAUUGACAACUGCCACUCCACGCCAUUACACGUUGGAGAAUACUAUCUGGAUCUUGCUCGAAAGUAUAAUCCGAACCUUUACGUUGUUGCCGAGCUGUUUUCAGGGUCUGAGACAAUGGAUUGUUUGUUCGUUGAAAGACUUGGAAUAUCUUCUUUGGUGAGGGAGGCCAUGCAGGCAUGGUCAGAAGAGGAGCUUUCCAGACUUGUCCACAGGCAUGGAGGCAGGCCAAUUGGCUCUUACAAGUUUCUACCUCUAGAUGAAUAUGCCUACCCGACUGAUGCUAACAACGAUAAUAUCAAAGAUAACAAAUUGGGCACCCAUCUCGAGGUUAAUAUCCCCAAAAUUUUGACUGCGACGCCUCCGCAUGCUUUGUUCAUGGAUUGUACUCACGACAACGAGACACCAAAUCAGAAACGGACAGUCGAAGACACUUUACCAAAUGCAGCACUCGUAAGUUUCUGUUCCUCUGCCGUGGGAUCCGUUUAUGGGUACGAUGAAUGUUUUCCACAUUUAUUAGAUGUGGUUGGAGAAUCAAGGACUUAUGAAGUCAAUCCCGGCACCGGAAUAUCAGAGAUCAAGACUCGCCUAAACAGCAUCAGAGAGCAAAUAGCCAGCGGCAGUGCUGAAAUAGAAGACUCCGAAAUGCACGUUCAUCAUGACGGUCAAUUCAUCACUUUUCAAAGAAACAACGCCAAGACAGGAAAAGGGUGGUUUUUAGUUGCGCGGACUAAGUUCAGUCAAAACUUAAGUGAGCAAAAGCUCCCAAAAGUCAUAUUUAAUGGUUCUCGGUGUGGGCUGGAUUUCGCGUACUCGCUCGUAAAAACUGGUGACGUAAAUCAGGACGACAAAUCAAUCAAGGGCAUCCCUACUAAACUUCAGAAAUUGACAAAUUUUGAUGUCCAGUAUAAUGAAAUGGCACAAGAGUCUUCUAUUGAAAUUAAUGGCGAUUUCCCUCCAGGCUCCAUUGCUGUCUUCAAGACACAGCAAAUUGGUGUCGACGAUACCUUAUUGGGGUUUUUACGUUCCGGUGCUCUGAAAGCUUCAGAAAAAUUGGAUCUGUAUUCACUAAAUUCUCUCUUGUUUCGUUGCGAUGCUGAGGAACGUGACAUGAGUGCAGGCACUGUCGGCUGCUACAACAUACCCAAUCAUGGCCCCUUGACCUAUUGUGGCCUUCAAGGGUGGGUUUCCGUCUUGAGACAUGUUAUAUUCUCUAAUGACCUUGCGCACCCACUGAGUGAAAACUUGCGCUCUGGUCGGUGGGCUUUAGACUAUGUGGUUCAGAGGCUUGACUUCUAUAAAGAGAAUGAAGGGGUUGCCGAAAUGCAAGAAUGGCUAUCCUCCCGUUUUGAAAGAGUUAAGCAUGUCCCAUCAUUCUUGGUUCCAACUUACUUCGCCUUGGUUAUUGGCACAGCUUAUCAGGCGUGUCGUUUCAGAGCACUCAAACAGAUGUCCGAAAAUUUUGGAAACUCUACGAGAUUUGUUCAAAGCUUGGCUUUGACGUCUGUGCAGAUGGUCUCAAAGAUGAAAUCGACGUCUCUUUUACCACAAGGGAAUGUCCCUUGUAUGGCCGCUGGGCUCCCUCAUUUUUCGACUAAUUACAUGCGUUGCUGGGGUAGGGAUGUUUUCAUUUCGUUGAGAGGUCUGCUACUUACAACUGGUCGUUACGAUGAUGCAAAGGAGCAUAUUCUGGCAUUUGCGAAAACAUUGAAGCAUGGUAUGAUUCCCAAUCUUUUAGAUGCUGGUCGGAACCCACGCUACAAUGCCCGUGACGCUGCGUGGUUCUUUUUGCAGUCCAUUCAAGAUUAUGUCGGUAUGGUACCAAAGGGAGAAAGCAUUCUGAAGGAGAAGGUGUCAAGACGUUUCCCUCUUGAUGAUACAUACAUUCCGGAGGAUGAUCCGAGGGCUUUUUCACACGAGUCAACUUUAGAAGAAGUGAUCUAUGAGAUUUUAGCGAGACAUGCCAAAGGCAUUAAGUAUCGCGAAGCUAAUGCGGGACCUAAUUUAGACCGGGUUAUGUCUGACAAGGGAUUUGACGUCGAAGUGAACGUGGAUUGGUCAACGGGACUAAUCAACGGCGGAUCUCAAUACAACUGCGGAACAUGGAUGGACAAAAUGGGAGAAAGUGAGAAGGCUGGUUCGAGCGGCGUACCGGGAACUCCGCGAGAUGGUGCUGCGGUUGAAAUCAACGGUCUUUUAAAAAGUGCUCUAAGAUUUGUUAUUGACUUGCAUAGCAAACAGCUUUUCAGUCAUGCAGAAGUUGAAAAAGCCGAUGGUAGCACAAUUAAACUGGCAGAAUGGGACAAGUUAUUGCAAGAAAACUUCGAGCGCAAGUUUUACAUACCCUUGACGCAAUCGGAGGACGGCAAUUUUGAUAUCGAUUCCAAUCUGGUUAAUCGACGCGGAAUCUACAAAGAUCUGUAUAAAUCUGGGAAGGCCUACGAGGAUUAUCAGCUAAGGCCUAAUUUUGCAAUUGCAAUGACGGUAGCUCCGGAGCUUUUCACACCCGAAAAGGCCGUGAAGGCUCUGCAAAAUGCAGACGCUAUCAUCCGCGGUCCCGUGGGUAUGCGGACUUUGGAUCCUAGCGACUAUAAUUAUCGUCCUUACUACAAUAACGGCGAAGACUCUGAAGACUUUGCAACAUCCAAGGGUCGUAAUUAUCACCAGGGCCCGGAAUGGGUUUGGUUGUAUGGAUAUUUCAUGCGUGCGUUUCAUUACUUCCAUUUGAUCGCCGACCCACAUUGCCAGAGCAAGGACGGGUGCCAUCCAUCAUCGUACUUGAUGCAACAGCUAUACGCCCGACUUGACGGUCAAAGACACGGGAUUUUCGGAAGCCCUUGGGCCGGUCUUACAGAACUCACCAACAAAGAUGGUUCAUUUUGUGGGGACAGCAGUCCUACCCAAGCCUGGAGCACAGGAUGUACCUUGGACUUUUUUUACGAUUUAUGGAAUGCCGAGAAAAAGGGCAUCAAACGAUAG